AUGGGAAACAGUGAAUCAUCAGCAGCUGAGGACAUGUAUGAAAAUAACUUAGGCCAACCAGCUGUAUACAGUGGAUACUCACUCUAUACGGAGCAGCGGCCUCAAUCCCCACAACACGCUACAAGCUCACGACACCACGCGAAUCACACCCAAACUUCAGUUAAUAUGAAUUAUAGAAAGAAAAAGCACUCUGCUUAUAUAGCUGACAACUUCAACUCUCUGGAUGAGGUUAUCAAUGCAUUGAGAGAGGCUGGACUGGAAUCAUCGAAUUUAAUUCUUGGAAUUGAUUUUACGAAGAGCAAUGAGUGGACAGGAAAGUUUUCUUUCAACAGGAGGAGCCUUCACGCAAUUGGUAAUGUACGAAAUCCUUACGAGCAAGCUAUUUCUAUCAUUGGUAGAACUUUGUCUCCCUUCGAUGAGGACAAUUUGAUACCUUGUUUUGGAUUUGGUGAUGCAACAACACAUGAUGAAUGCGUAUUCAGCUUUUAUCCCGAUCAUCGGCCUUGUAAUGGAUUUGAGGAAGCCCUUGCACGAUACAAAGAAAUUCUUCCACAUUUGAAUUUAUCAGGGCCGACCUCAUUUGCACCAGUAAUUGAUGCUGCAAUUGAUAUAGUGGAAAAGAGCCAUUUUCAGUAUCAUGUUCUUGUUAUCAUUGCCGAUGGACAGGUCACUAGAAGUCCUGACACGUUACCUGGAAAGUUAAGUCCCCAAGAACAAGCCACCAUCGAUUCUAUUGUUGCUGCGAGUGAAUAUCCACUGUCGAUCAUUCUAAUUGGUGUGGGAGAUGGGCCGUGGGAUGCAAUGCAAGAAUUUGAUGAUAAUAUUCCUCAACGUGCAUUUGACAAUUUCCAGUUUGUCAACUUCACGAAAAUCAUGUCCGAACACACUGAUACCGCCAGAAAAGAAUCAGCUUUUGCCCUGGCAGCUCUAAUGGAAAUUCCGCUUCAGUACAGAGCAACACUGAAACUGCAAAAUAAUGAAAAUUUGCAUGCAGGUCCAAGGGCAAAACCUCUUCCUCCACCACGUACUGUAAUUGACAACGAUAAUGCUAAGAAGUCACGCCCACAAGUAGCAUGCUCGGAACCAACAGAAUCGGACCCAUCACCCGAACAAGUGUGCCCCAUCUGCUUGACAAAUCCCAAGGACAUGGCUUUUGGCUGUGGCCAUCUGACAUGCAAGGACUGUGGUGUGUCGAUAUCUUCAUGCCCCCUGUGCCGGCAGCCCAUUACUACUCGACUACGACUUUAUGGUUAA